GUGAUGGCUGUGCCGCCUGGCCCUCCACAGCUGCUACAACUGGUGCUGACCAUUUCCCUGGCUUCUAUCAAGCUCAUUCAGGCUGGUGCCUACUAUGGAAUCAAGCCACUGCCACCUCAGAUGCCACCGCAAAUUCCACAAUACCAGCCAAUGGGCCAACAAGUACCUCACAUGCCUUUGGCCAAAGAUGGCCUCACCAUGGGCAAGGAGAUGCCCCAUAUGCAAUACGGCAAAGAGUAUCCACACCUCCCCCAGUAUAUGAAGGAAGUGCAGCCGGUGCCAAGAAUGGGCAAGGAAGCAGUCCCCAAGAAAGGCAAAGAAAUUCCAUUAGCCAGUUUACGAGGGGAACAAGGUCCCCGUGGAGAACCUGGCCCAAGAGGACCCCCUGGGCCUCCCGGUUUGCCAGGUCAAGGAAUACCUGGAAUCAAAGGAAAACCAGGGCCACAGGGAUACCCAGGAGUUGGAAAGCCAGGUAUGCCAGGAAUGCCAGGGAAGCCAGGAGCCAUGGGAAUGCCCGGGGCAAAAGGCGAAAUUGGACCCAAAGGUGAAAUCGGGCCCAUGGGCAUUCCAGGACCACAAGGACCUCCAGGGCCUCAUGGACUUCCUGGCAUUGGGAAACCAGGUGGGCCAGGGUUGCCAGGGCAGCCGGGAGCAAAGGGUGAUCGAGGACCCAAGGGCCCGCCAGGACCUCCAGGCCUGCAGGGCCCUAAGGGAGAGAAGGGCUUUGGGAUGCCAGGUCUGCCAGGCCUUAAGGGUCCCCCAGGGAUGCACGGACCCCCUGGCCCCGUGGGACUUCCAGGAGUGGGCAAACCGGGUGUGACAGGCUUCCCUGGGCCACAGGGCCCUCUAGGAAAGCCAGGGCCCCCAGGAGAACCUGGUCCACAGGGCCCAAUUGGAGUACCAGGAGUGCAAGGACCUCCUGGCUUGCCUGGAGUAGGAAAACCAGGCCAAGAUGGGAUCCCUGGCCAGCCAGGAUUUCCAGGUGGCAAGGGGGAGCAAGGCCUGCCAGGGCUGCCAGGACCCCCAGGUCUUCCAGGUGUGGGGAAACCAGGCUUCCCAGGACCCAAAGGUGACCGUGGGGUGGGGGGUGUUCCUGGUGCUCUUGGACCCAGGGGAGAGAAAGGACCUGUGGGGGCCCCUGGAAUGGGGGGUCCCCCAGGGGAGCCAGGCCUGCCUGGAAUCCCAGGGCCCAUGGGCCCUCCAGGAGCCAUUGGUUUUCCUGGACCCAAAGGAGAAGGUGGAGCCGUGGGGCCACAGGGGCCACCAGGUCCCAAGGGGGAGCCUGGGCUUCAGGGUUUUCCAGGCAAGCCAGGCUUUCUUGGAGAAGUAGGGCCACCAGGUGUAAGGGGUUUACCAGGUCCCAUAGGGCCCAAGGGGGAAGUCGGACUCAAAGGUUUGCCAGGGCUCCCUGGUGUCCCAGGGCUACUUGGACCAAAGGGAGAACCAGGCAUCCCAGGGGAUCAGGGUCUGCAGGGCCCUCCUGGGAUCCCAGGGAUUGCAGGGCCAAGUGGCCCCAUUGGACCGCCAGGGAUCCCAGGCCCCAAAGGAGAGCCAGGCCUCCCAGGGCCCCCAGGGUUCCCUGGAGUUGGGAAGCCGGGAGUCGCAGGACUUCAUGGACCACCAGGGAAACCUGGAGCCCUGGGUCCCCAAGGGCAGCCUGGCCUGCCAGGUCCACCAGGCCCUCCAGGACCACCGGGGCUGCCAGCUGUGAUGCCCCCUACACCAGCCCCCCAGGGAGAGUAUCUGCCAGACAUGGGACUGGGGAUUGAUGGGGUGAAAACUCCCCAUGCCUAUGGCGCUAAGAAAGGCAAGAAUGGAGGACCAGCCUAUGAGAUGCCCGCAUUCACGGCCGAGCUGACAGCACCCUUCCCACCUGUGGGGGCUCCGGUGAAGUUCGACAAACUGCUAUAUAACGGCAGGCAGAACUACAACCCGCAGACGGGCAUCUUCACCUGUGAGGUGCCCGGGGUCUACUACUUUGCAUACCAUGUUCACUGCAAAGGAGGCAACGUGUGGGUUGCUCUGUUCAAGAACAACGAGCCCAUGAUGUAUACGUACGACGAAUACAAGAAGGGCUUCCUGGACCAGGCGUCUGGCAGUGCAGUGCUGCUGCUGCGACCUGGAGACCGUGUGUUCCUCCAGAUGCCAUCGGAACAGGCUGCGGGACUGUACGCUGGCCAGUACGUCCACUCCUCCUUUUCAGGAUAUUUAUUGUAUCCCAUGUAAAAA